AUGACCACCUCAUAUGGUGAGGCUAUCCUUUCCGUGUUUGAGGUGUGGGAGGAAAGCAGAGCUUUUCUGGCCGACUUGAUCGAGUCCAGGAUAGCAGAUGACGACGAAAUUCAAGCGCUCCUUGACAAGAGCUUGCUCGCAGGGGCUGAGGAUUGGCAUUUUAUGAUUCAUUGUGCGUCGUCGAUGCAAUUCGUACACGGCCAUGAUCCGUGCAGCCACGAUGGCACCGACGUGGCCGCCUAUCUCUGGAACAUCUUCUUGGCCGUCGAUCGCAACGGUCCCGCAAAAUCAGCACCUUGGGAGGAAACAGACAGACUCAUCGCACGAGCCAAAGCAUUGGAGAGCGAAGCAGCGUUCUUUCGGCCGUACCCUUCCGCGUCCGGGUGCCUGGAGGUUAAUACUUCACCUGGUUCAUCCAAACCGCGUUCGGCGGGCACGGUAUCGCAUUACUGGUCGGACCGAUAUGAAGAUCACUCAGAUCCCGAGACGGCAGUGCGUUGCUUGCUCUCUUCCCAAGCUUGCCACCUGCCCCCGCGGGACGCCUCUUAUUCAGAACUUUCGAAUCGGCAGCUGCCUCAGGCUCCAAACCACACAAGCGAACGCUCGUAUCACGGCUCACUUGGACCCGUCCCUGCAGUUCGGCUAAAGAAUUUGGUCGUUUCUCCUUACUUCUCGACGGCAACGUCGACGAAGAAGACUGACACCUCUACGCGGCCCCCGCCUGGUACGGUAUCCUCACUUCAAUUUCCCCCACUGACUGCCUCCCAUUUUGGCCUGCUCCAGGAACAAGUUGCACAUGAACCCUUCUGGCUGCUCAUUGCCGUCACCUUUCUCAUCAAGACCAAAGGCAAGCAUGCCAUACCGAUCUUCCACCAGGUCAGGAAGCGAUUUCCCACUCCCCACCAACUGGCCGAUCCAGGCAACGCCGAGGAGCUCUCGAACAUGAUUCACCAUUUGGGGCUCUCCGUUAUUCGUGUCAAAUAUCUGCAAAAGUACGCCAAAGCCUUUGUGGAAAACCCACCGCGGGUCGGUGUUCGAUACAAAGUCAGAAAUUACGACAGGCGGGAUAUAUCUCUACUGCCCGACACCGUCGACGGCUCUUCGGACGUAGUCAACACCGAUAGCCUUGCUACAUUCAGUCAGUGCGACGGAGACGCUGAAGCGUGGGAAAUCGGCCACAUGACACAAGGAAAGUAUACCAUCGACAGCUGGCGGAUAUUUUGCCGUGAUGAGUUCCUCGGGCGAGCCAGCGAUUGGAAUGGCAAAGGCAGAGAAGCCGAGUUUCAACCAGAAUGGAUGAGAGUUAUGCCGCUGGACAAAGAGCUUCGUGCGUAUCUGCGAUGGAUGUGGAUGCGGGAAGGCUGGGAGUGGGAUCCGAUGACAGGAGAAAGAAAGGUGCUACGAGAAGCGACGAGGAGAGCUGCGGAUGAGGGCCGAGUUGUGUACGACGAUACUGGAGGGCUACGGAUAGUAGGUACGUCGAGUGACGUAGAGAAACCCGCCAAUGAGGGGUGA